AAUAUCAACGAAAAAAACUCUAAAAACAACGCAGCUGCUCCAGAUGUUAAUAAUUAUAAAAAACAAGAUAUAACUAACCAAGAUGAUUUUAAAAUAAAAGAGACAAUAGAUAAUGCUGAUGAUUUAUAUUUAAAGGGAGAACAUGAAAAAGCUAAAAAGAAGUAUGAAAAAAUAUUGGAUAAACAUCCAAACAGUCCCAGAGCAUUAUAUGGUUUAGCCAAUUGUUUAGAUAAAAUUGCUGAGAAACAAAAAAGUAAUGCACUGUUACAAGAUUCCAUUUCAACUCUUGAUAAACUGAUACAUAAAGAAAAGGUACCAGAAAGAUUGGUUCUUAUUGCUGGUGAAAAAUUAGUUAAACUUCUGAGAUUUAGAGGUUGGCAAAAUAAAGCAGUAGAAAUUUGUCAAUAUAUGGUUGGACUAUUCCCUACUAAUCAUACAUGGAAAAACAUGCUGGGUGUUAAUCUGCUGGUGGCAGCCAAGAAUUCAGAAGCUAAAAUAUAUUUCAAACAAGUUUUAGAAACACAUCCUGACAAUGGGUUUGCUAAAUCUCAUAUGGGUUUUAUUCUGAAACAUGAAACUAAUUAUGAGGAAGCUGUAAAAUAUUUAUCAGAGGGAAUUGCCUCCAAAGAACCAGGUGCAGUGGAUGGAAGAUUUUUCUUUGCCCUGGGUGAUGCUUAUUAUAGAAUCGGUCAACCAGAACAGGCAAGAAAAGUUUAUGAAGAAGGUGCAGAGUUAAAAGUGUUUGCGUCUGCAGAUCAGCGAUCUCUUUAUAAUGUACCAAAUCUGACAGCUAGACCUUUCUGGACAGCAAAAGAAACUGGUUAUCAAGCCUCUAUACAGCUACUGAAAGAUAACUGGAAGACAAUUAGAGAUGAAGGGUUGGCUAAUAUGGAUCCAAAACUUGGAACAUUUAUAGAUGAAAAUGAGAAUUUACGUGAAGCUGGUGAUUGGAAACUAUUUACUCUUUAUAGACAAGGAAGAAAAAUAGAAGCUAAUUGUCGAAAAGUUCCCAAGACUUGUGCAUUGCUAGAGAAAAUUCCUGAUGCUACAUCAAACAAACGAGGACAAAUAAAGUUUUCUGUGAUGCAUCCUGGUGUCCAUGUCUGGCCUCAUUGUGGACCUACCAAUUGUCGAUUGAGAGCUCAUGUUGGAUUGGUGGUACCUGAAGGACCAAGGAUACGUGUUGUCAAUGAAACCAGAACAUGGAAAGAAGGAGAGGUGAUAAUAUUUGAUGAUUCGUUUGAACAUGAAGUAUGGCACGAUGGUGAAACAUUCCGUUUGGUACUGAUAAUUGACUUCUGGCAUCCUGAUAUUCCUGAUAAACAACGACGCACCAUUGGACCUGUUUAA